CUCGUAUUUGACCUCACAACGACCCCCACAUCCAAUCUACUCCACAUACACCACCGCCAUAUCCAACGACAAACACAAUAAGACCUUCUAUAAACCCUUAUCAUGCCUACUCUCAGCGAGGUCCGCCAGUCCAAUGCCACGCUCGCCACCAACCGGCCCGAGCUCAUUGCCGUCUUCGUGGGCGGCACCAGUGGCAUCGGCGAAGCAACCGCCAAGCAACUGGCGCAGUCCGUCAAAAAGCCCACCAUCCACAUCGUGGGCCGCAGUGCCGCCUCUGGCUCGCGCAUCUUAGAAGAGCUUCGCGCCGCCAACCCCGAAGGCGUCUUCCACUUCGUGCAAGCGGACGUCUCCUUGCUCCGCAAUGUCGACACCGCCUGCGAGCAAAUUAAGGCGAAGGAGAAAUCCAUCGACCUUCUCUUCCUCUCGACAGGUCAUCUAACUUUGUUCAAAAACGAAACCGAGGAAGGACUGGACAACAACCACGUCCUGCGCUACUACAGCCGCAUGCGCUUCGUUCAGAACUUACUCCCCCUGCUCGAGAACUCGCAGGGCCCCGCCCGGGUCGUGUCCGUGCUCGCGGCCGGCCAGGAAGGGCACGUCGAUGCCAACAACCUCGACCUCACCAAAUCGUGGUCCUUCCUCAAGGCCGCUACCUACGCCGCCACGCUCAACUCGAUGGCUUUUGAGCACCUGGCCGCCACCCACCCGACCGUCGGCUUCGUGCACGUCUUCCCCGGGAUCGUGCGCACCCCGCUCAUCAACUCCACCUUUGGCAAUCUGGCCGGCCCGGUGAUGAACGUGCUCUCGCGGCCGCUGUCCAUGUCGCCAGAGGAGAGCGGUCAGCGUAAUCUGCAUAUCGCGACCUCAGCCGCGUACCCGGCCGCGAGACCGAAAGAUCCUUCUUAUGUGGGGACGCCGUUGGGGGAGGGGUUGCGGACCGCGGCCGCGUCGACGGGCAAGGUCGGCGGGGGGUCGUACCUCCUGAACUAUGAUGGGCGCAACGCGGCCAAGGAAAAGUUGUUGGCCGAGUAUCGCGAGCAGGGAUUUCCGGGGAAGGUGUGGGAGCAUACGCUGGAGACUUUCAAGCGGGUUUUACAGCGAGAGUAGGUGGGAUUGUGGCGUAGUUAGUGCAUCAGUUAAUGUUAAU